GGCGGGACUAUGACUCAAAACUUAAAGCAGCUUUGAUGAGGGAGCAACCGUGCUAUCAGCUUCCAUCUCAUUUGUCGGACUUGAAACUCAAAAGCAUUAGUCCACUGCCACAUUUUUCCAACUUAUUAAAUUUGAGAGUUCUGCAUGUAAUUGAAUGUCCAAUAUCACGCCUGCCGGUCACACUAGGUCUAAUACAUCUGAGGAAACUGUACAUAAUAAGAUGUGAAUGCCUUGAGGAAAUACCUGGUCUGUCACUCUUGAGAAGUCUGGAGCGCUUGGAACUAAAGGGCUUGAACAGGCUAGUUGAGAUUCAAGGUUUGUCGGAACUGGAAAAUUUGCAGUACCUCCUCCUUUCCAGUUGUGAUUUAAUAGGACAGUUACCCAAUUUAUCCAAGUUGGGUAAGCUACAACAUCUAGAGCUAGAAGCUUGUCCAAAUUUAAGACCCAUUGAGGGCAUCGAGGGCUUAGAAAGCUGGGUGUUUUGUAGUCGUGGCCGCACUAUCCUGGAAAGAUUGUUGAAUAUCUCGAGAUCGACUUGGUUUUCCCACAGAUUGCCUAUAACCGAUGUGUUCCUAAGUUUUAAGGGACCAGACACUCAUCAUAGUAUUGUCAGUUAUCUUCACUCUCGGAUGCUUUGGAAGCAAAUGUCUGUUUACAGUGAUAAUGAUGACUUGAGGUCCAAUGAAGAGACUGGGGAAAAGAUUCUACAAGCACUCGCUAAUUCUAAUAUCUACAUACCCAUCUUCUCUAGAAACUAUGCUUCCGGUCAUUGGUGUCUCCGCAUACUUGCUCACAUGGUUAAAUGCACAUCAGAAUCAAAGGGGAAAAGAAGAAUCCUCCCCGUUUUCUAUGAUGUGGAGAUUGAUGAUGUUAAGCUAAAAACUGAUUUAUACAAAAGCGACCUAGACAAGCACCAGGCGAACUUCAACCAUGAUGAAACGAAGUCAUGGAAAGAGGCCCUCAUUAAGGUCGCAGCAUUGAGGGGUUUCGUCUUAAAAAACAACAGCUACGAAGAAGUACUUCAAUCGGUUACUGAAGAGGUUUAUAAGGCAAGGAAAUUGUUAGAUGUUGACUCUUGAAGGCUUCUUUUGGUCGGUUGUCAAAGUAAAGGUGAAUGUGUUUGCUAUCAAUGAAAUGAAAUUCUCGCCAACUCCAUUCUGAUUCUAUUGUUUGGAGGAUCUAGAUAUUUCAUGUGUUAAUGAAAUUGGUUUACGCUGCUAAUGCUUAUGUGCAUUAUUUACAAGGUUAACUAAUAUGUAUGAACAAGUAUAUCAGUGAACUCCCACGCUUUAUUAGAGGGUUAGUUAAGCUUA